AUGCCGCAAAACCAGCCCCUGUUCGCCCAUGACCCUCUGCAAAACCCCUCGUCUUCGCAUGCUCUCGCGCAUCCUAAUUUCAGCAACCACACCGGCGAUCUAGAACUACAUCCCCUAGCCUCACAUUCUCGAGCUCUUGACGAAGCUUCCCUCGGUGGCCUCGACGACCACGAUCUCUCCUUUUCCUCUGGCUGCGAUUCGUCGCAUGAACUGUUCAACAAUACACUCGUUCACGGGGAAUCCUCCAGAGGCCGGCGACAAAUGACUCGAAAGCACAAUUCCAUGAAACGCCGUCCUGCCAGUCGACCUCCCCUAAGACUCGCGGCACAGGAAAACGGCCAAGCAAACAACACCAUGGAAUCCAGUAUUGGGCUGCGGAGGAAAGAUGGACCUCCAGACUCACCAUCGUCACACUCUGUCGGAUUGAUGAGCAGAUCUGACUUCUCUUUGGACUAUGAGCCCUUGCCCACCCCCCAAACUCCCGGGUUUACAAGCACGAGCUUUUCUGAUCUACCGACAAAUGACCGGAGAAACUUUCUUCUACUAGUUUUGUUAUAUUUUUUACAGGGAAUCCCAAUGGGCCUGGCCAUGGGCUCCGUACCGUUCCUCCUUAAACCCUUUCUUUCUUACGGUCAAAUUGGAAUAUUUUCGCUUGCCUCUUACCCCUAUUCGCUAAAGCUCUUAUGGAGCCCCAUUGUGGAUGCGGUUUGGAGCCGUGAAUUUGGAAGGAGGAAGAGCUGGAUUACACCUAUUCAGACUGUUUCAGGAUUUGCCAUGCUGUACCUAGGUACCAGAGUCAAAUCUAUGAUGGCUGCCACAGAAACACAGGGCACCGAUGGGGUAUGGAGCUUCACGGGCUGGUGGUUUCUUCUUGUGUUUCUAUGUGCAACCCAAGAUAUCGCUGUUGAUGGUUGGGCCAUUUCGCUAUUAUCACCUCAAAAUAUUGCAUACGCUUCCACCGCGCAAACAAUCGGUCUUACAGCCGGCCAUUUUCUCUCCUAUACAGUGUUUCUUGCCUUUAAUUCUCCCGAUUUCGCCAAUAGGUGGUUCCGCGCCACUCCCAAGGCUGAAGGUCUACUGACUCUUGGGGGCUACCUCAAAUUUUGGGGCUGGGCAUACCUGGUCAUCACCCUGUGUUUAGCUGUGUUGAAGAAGGAGGAAAAGAAUAAGGACCGUGAUGGUAUCAUGGAUGUCUAUAGGUCAAUGUGGGGUAUCCUGAAGUUGAAGAAUAUUCAGACUAUCAUCAUAAUCCAUCUCAUCGCCAAGAUCGGCUUUCAAGCAAAUGAAGCUGUAACUAACCUGAAGCUAAUUGACAAAGGUUUUGGGCAAGAUAACAUGGCGCUCGUUGUGCUCAUUGACUUCCCAUUUGAGAUUGGUCUAGGAUAUUUUGCUGGUAAAUGGUCCACGGAGUAUACACCCAUGAGACUGUGGUGCUGGUCCUUCAUGGGGAGACUUGCUGCUGCGGUUCUGGCGCAACUUGUCGUGAUGAUUUUCCCAGGAACCCCUGUCCCUGGUUGGUACAUAUUCCUCAUUAUACUAGAGCAUGUGUUUUCGACGUCUAUGAACACGGUGAUGUUUGUUGCCGUUUCAGCAUUUCAUGCUCGAAUCUCAGACCCCUCUAUCGGCGGCACGUAUAUGACAUUACUCGCUACGUGA